AAUUCAAAAGAAAAACCCUAAACCCUUUGCUCCCUCUCUCCGUUUUCAGCGGAUUUUCUCUGUUUUGGGUAAUUUGGAAGGAAGAAGAUGAAUCACAUAGCAGCCAUGGAAGAACAAGUAGUUUCUGAGAGAAUGAGGCAGAAGCUUAACGAAGUUAACGCGGCUGCACAAUCUCAUCUUGGUCCUAUUCAAGACCAUGUCAACUUCUCCCUUCAGCAAGCGUAUUUCAAAUGUGCAUAUGAGUGUUUCGAUAGAAGAAGAAGGCAGGAAGAGAUUAGUAACUGUGUUGAGAAUUGUAGUGUUCCAGUUGUUAAAGCUCAGCAACAUGUUGAGAAUGAAAUGUCUAAGUUUCAAGAAAGAUUGAACAGAUCACUAAUGGUGUGUCAGGACAAGUUCGAAGCAGCCAGGCUACAGCAGAAAACUGGGAGUGUAUAUGAUUUGGAGUCGUGUGUGGAUGCAUCAAUACAAGAAAGCUUGAAUACACUGCCACAUCUUGCUAACAAAUUAAAAGCUUCCUUCAAUAUUGGCAACUAACGCAUUUUCCAUUAUUGCUUCAAGAGGCAGCUGAGUAUAAUAAAAUCAUUGCUUAUUUUGCUACAACUCAUUUUCCAAAUUUCCUUUAUUUGUAAGUCUAAUUCUUUAGGAAUGUCAUGGAUUCUUGCUAAGUUGAUCCCUGAAACUUGAAAUUUUCACAAUACUCUGACCCAUUUAUUGAUAUGAUAGAAUACAAGAAUGAGUUGUGACAUAA